AUGACACGCCUUUUCCUGCAUUUCGGCACACUCCUAGCUAUGGUCAGCUGGGGGUUCGCCUCGGCUGAUAAAUCUGCUAAUCAAUACAAUGUGGUACUGCAGGAUUCGUUGGCGUCAGCUAUGAUGCUUGGUUUGGCAAACCAAGAUACGGCCUUCAUUUUCGAUAAGGUUGAAAACAACCCUCAAAAAACGGCAUCAGGAAAGCCAACCUGGGCAUCUAUUGUCAAUCUAAAUGACUUCAGUGUGCGUGGCCUGGAUGCUACCACCAACCCCUUUUGUGCUGCUGGUGCCACCCUUGGUAAUGGUUCCUAUAUUGUUGUGGGUGGUAACAGCGCUAUUUCGUAUGGUGGCCAAAAUGUCAAGGAUGCAAGCGGUCAAAACAACCUUGCUGGUCCUGCGGCACCGUACAACGAUAUGGAUGGUCGCCGUGUCGUGCGUAUUAUGGAGCCACAGGAAGACAGCUCUAAGUUGCAAUGGGAUGAUGAAUACAACAGUCCCAAUCAAAUGGACUCCGCGCGCUGGUAUCCAGCCAUUGAGGGUCUCGCUGAUGGUUCCGUAGUCAUCAUUGGCGGUGCGACCAAUGGUGGCUUUAUUAACCGUAACUACCCUAACGUCGAUCCUGUUUACUCGACAGAUGGUAAAAAUCCACCUACGCCUGGACAAUGGGACCAGGGUGGCUCCAACCCCUCGUAUGAGUUUUGGCCUCCUGCUGGCAAGCCAAAGCCCGCUAUUAGUCAAUUUAUGGUCAAGACAAGUGGCCUCAACAUGUACGCUCACACCUAUUUGAUGCCUUCUGGAAAGAUCUUUAUGCAAGCAAAUUACAGUACGACGUUGUGGGAUUGGCAAAAGGACAAAUACUAUGAUUUAGAUGACAUGCCUGACAAGGUUAUCCGUGUAUACCCAGCCUCUGGCGCGACUGCUAUGAAACCGCUAACUCCAGCAAACCAAUACACGCCCUCUAUUCUGUUCUGUGGUGGAUUUAACAACAUGUCAGACUCCGAAUGGGGUGACUACACUGCACCACGCAUCAAUGUGUAUGAACGGGCUGGAAGCACGGACUGUUCUUCUAUCACUCCGGAGAAGCCUGAUGGUACAAUGAUUAAAAAUGCCAAGUAUGUUCGUGAAGAUAAAUUGCCAGAGCCUCGCAGCAUGGGACAGUUUAUUCAUCUUCCUACGGGUGAGAUGGUCAUUGUAAAUGGUGCUUCUCGUGGUUUGGCUGGCUAUGGCAACACAACAUGGAAUACAGUAAAAGCAAAGGACGGUAGUACAGUUUAUCUGGAAGGUAUGAGUCAAAUGCCCACCUACCGGCCCGUUAUCUACAAUCCUGAUAAGCCUUUGGGUCAGCGUCUUCGAUACAGUGACUUGGGAUCCUCUUCCAUUGCACGUUUGUAUCACUCUUCGGCUCUUCUUAUCCCCGAUGGCUCUGUGCUUGUUGCUGGGUCCAAUCCGCAUAUGGAUGUUUCCAUUUUGCCUACUAUGGACCAGCUGGAUACACAGUAUGAGAGCUUCAAUACGACAUACGCGGUGGAACAAUGGUAUCCCGACUACUAUUUCAAGACUCGCCCUGUCCCUGAUCAAAUGCCAGACACUAUUUCGUACGGUGGUUCCUCGUUCAACGUUACGAUUGGUGCAAAGUACAUGAAUCCUAACAACAAUGCUAAUGACAUGGCCAACAAAACUAAAUUUAUGGUAAUUCGUCCAGGGUUUUCGACACAUGCCAUAAACUUCGGACAACGUUCAUUGCAGCUGGAAAACUCUUUUGAUGUGCACGACGACGGAUCUGUUACAUUUAUUGUAAACCCAAUGCCGACCAAUAUAAACAUUUUCGUUCCCGGACCUGCAUUGCUAUUUGCUACCGUGAAUGGUGUGCCUAGCCACGGCAAGUUUGUCCAGCUGGGUGGCAAAGACAUGGGUCCUGUACCUUUCGCUUUAACGGCACAAUCUUCACCUGCACCGUUGCCAUCACCCAAAACGAACUCUAAAUUUACAAAUAAAGCUACGUCAGAGAACCCUGAUGGCUCUGUCAAUGACGGUCUAUCUGGCGGCGCGAUUGCUGGUAUUGUUGUGGGUGUUAUCGUUGGUCUAUUGCUUUUGGCUGCAAUUCUUUUCUUCGUACUUCGUCGGAGUCGCCAGAAGCGCUUUUUGGCCAACUAUGCGAGCGUGGGUCGGCCAUCUGCGCCGCGCUCUUCAGGAGGUACUGGCUAUGCUCCUUCCCUUGCUGGCAUGUCGACCCCCGGCACUACUGGUGCUCCAGCACCUUACAUGCGCUCCUUUAAUGACCCCUAUGAUUCAUCCCAUUUACCCAUGAUGCAGGGUAAUGAUUCGGCUAUUAGCCUUUCGAAUUUGAGUGGCCAUUAUGCAAAGGGUCACCCUACAGGUCCUAGUGCCGCCAUGAUGCCGCCUUCUUCGACGGACUUGUUUGCACAGCCCAUGCCUACGCCAAGCCCUGAUCAAGCCCCUGCAGGCUACACAUACGAGGCCGCACCACCUCGUAACCAAGCGCCUGCGGGCUAUACGUACGAGAUGGCCCCGCCCACGUCUGGGUCGACGUACUCAAAUCCAUUCUUCGCGCCGUCCUCACAACAGUUGGCUCACGUGUCCUCGCCCUCCUCUGGCCAAACUGUGGGUUAUGAGCGAGGCCCUGUGCUGAUGCCGGAAGGACAGACAGAGCAUUGGAACGAUGUGCCUGCCCAGCCUCAUCAUCGUAUGUCGGGCCCACGUCAGAUGCCGACAUCAAACUUACAACAACACCUGCGGGCAGCGAACCAACGGUAA